AUGUUUCAUGGAACUGUCACAGAUGAGCUGACACAUCAUGAAAAAUGGAGUAAAUAUUAUGAAAAUGUUGUAGAAGAAAAGAAAAAUUUUGUUUUUGUGAAAUUUAGUGGCCUUCAGUUAAAAUCUAUGGAAAAUCUGCAGUCUUGUGUCUCUAUAAAAGUAUGCAUCUUCUCAAACAACUUUAUUACAGAUAUUCACCCUCUUCAAAAUUGUAAAAAAUUAGUCAAAAUUGAUCUCCAUGGAAAUCAGAUAAAGAACCUACCAAAUGCAGAAUUUUGGAGUGGAUUCAAGUGUCUAAAACUCCUUUUUCUUCAUAACAAUGGGAUUUCAAAAUUAAAGAACGUAUGUGCAUUAUCUGCCUGUCCAAGCCUUAUUGCCCUCACUUUGUUUGACUGUCCGGUGAGCCUUAAAAAAGGAUAUAGACAUGUUGUUGUUAAUAGCAUCUGGCCCCUCAAAGCUCUGGAUUAUUACAUCGUUUCUGAUGAAGAAAUAGUUCAGAAUUGGCGACUUCCUGAAAGAUUUAAAACAUAUAGUAACCGACUAUUCUUUAAUUUCUGCCGUGCUUUGAAAAAGGGAUCAACCUAUAAAAGUGAAAUGGAUAAUAUUCAACAUAUUAUUUCAAAUAUUAAUAGAAUUCUGGCUCAUAAUUCACCAAUUUUGAUUCUUCAAAGAUAUGUGCGUGGUUACUUGGUUAGAAAAGCUUUGAGUCCUUUUCUGAGUAAAAGAAAACAUAAAUAUAAGACUGGUUAUAAAGCAAAAUGGAUUUGCAUACACAAAGGAUACGAUAAUCAACUCUCUGUUCCGUCUGAAACAAAUAUACAAGGAAAAUAUUUACGUUGGAAACAUCAAGGGGUGCUCAGGAGGUCCAGGGACUCCCUGUCAGAAUUCUUGGCCAUCCGGACACAUAAUUCAGCUCAAGGGCUCAAGCUUAUGAUGUUUCUCUGUCAAAGAAAGUUGAAAUAUGAUGCUGAGGAUGAAAAACUGGAUAAAAGUUUUAAGAUAUCAGUGUUCAAAGCGCCCAUACAUACUGCAGAUUCAGUGAAGUAUGCCUCAGUAUUGAAAACAAGAGAACAAGAUUCUUUACCUGUGUAUGGCCAACCACGUUAUACCUCUCUUCAAAAACCACUCUAUUCCUACAAAGACAUUAUGUUAAAGAAGAAUAUGAAAGAUUUUUUUGCAGUGCACAGAGCUGGUAUGAAACUCCAGUCAGUUUGUGAUGUUGAUAGAUAUUAUUCACAACUAAAGAAUCUGGAAGACCGUGAUAAAAGAGUAUCAGCUCAAAACAUGGCACAUGCUUCCCAAGAAAAAUCUACAUUAAAAGUUCAGGAAAUGUUAAAUGAAAAAAUCCAUAAUGUAAAGAAACACCGUUUAAAAGAAAAGGAGACAAUGCAGAAGGGUUUUCAGCAAUUUUGGCAGAACAGAAAUCUAUACCUUACAAGAGUUAAAGAGAGGAGAAAUCUGUUUCUGAAAGAAAAAAGGCAAAAGACUGAAGAACGUUUAUUAAUUCAGAACUUAAGUAAUGAACGCUCUCGUGUACUCAGAGGAAUGAUUCAUAUGCACAGAUUGAAGAUGAAUGAGGAAGUUCAAAAUGAGAAGAAAAUGAUUGUUAAACAAAGACUGGAAAUAGAAAGGUUUCAAAGGAAUUUAGUCAAACAAAUGAAGGAACAUGGGACUCUAGAAGCAUUUAGAAGUCACAAUAAAGAAAAAUUUGUCAAUGACAUGAUGGCUUUUCCAGAAUAUUACGAGAACUUUCAAGAUGUUGAAGCAAAAGUUAAUAUUGGAAAAAAAAAUUUAGUUUUUGAGAUUCCUGAACGAACUACAAAAGAAAAUGAUGCCUAA